AUGGAACCCUUAACUACUGAUGUGUUUCGCGUCAUCGAGCAUGUUGUUCCUUGUCAGCAUAUUAGCGAAUACCCCGGAGCAAAAGCAAACGGACAGGCCAAUGAUUUGAAACUGGCAGUGAAGCAGUACAUUCCGAUUGAUAACCCUGACCCACAAACUGGCGAUGUGACCAUAUUGGCCGCGCACGCCAAUGGACUUACUAAGGAACUCUAUGAGCCCUUCUGGGAAGAUCUCUAUGCGUCUUCAAAAUCCCAAGGAUUCAAUAUCCGAGCAAUUUGGAUGGCAGAUGUAUCAAACGAGGGACAGAGUGGUAUCAUCAAUGAGGGAAUUCUCGGAGAUGACCCGAGCUGGUUUGAUCAUUCCCGGGAUCUCCUUCAUCUUGUCAAUGUUAAGCGCUCUGAGACGCCACAGCCUAUAAUUGGUGUUGGGCACAGUCUGGGUGGCAUACCGAUCGCAAACCUAAGCUACAUGCAUCCCAGACUCCUACACUGCCUUAUUCUCAUGGAACCCGUCAUUCAACGUGAGAGAACGAAGCUAGACGAUCACCGGAAUCUCGACAACAGCCAGAUGGCCACUGAAAUAACCAAGCUCUCUUUAUUCAGGCGUGACAAGUGGCCUUCCCGAAAGGCAGCAGCAGCAAGCUUCCAACGCAACCCUUAUUUCCAAAUCUGGGAUCCAAGAGUGCUGAAGAAGUGGAUCAAAUACGGACUACGCGACACCCCGACAGCAGUCUAUCCUCUAGAUAACGAGCCACACGACAAGACCGAUAGGGGAGACAUACCCGUUACAUUGACAACGACACGUCACCAGGAGGUGUUCAACUCCACAAGGCCAGUUUGGGACUAUUCAGGCCGUUCUGGCAGCCACCUUACACAUCCAGACCUUGACCAGUCAAUACCAAAGUCCUACAGAUUUUAUCGCCCUGAAUCAGCUCGAGUCUUUGCGCAACUUGCGUUUCUCAGACCAAGCGUGCUAUACAUAUAUGGCAGUAAAUCUGGCUUGGCGUUUCCAGCUUUGACAGCUGACAAACUCCGAAAUACCGGCACAGCAGUGGGCGGCAGUGGAGGUGCUGCGAGGGGUCGUGUCAAGGAGAUAUUGCUGGACCAGGUUGGGCACUUGAUUCCCCUAGAGGCCCCUCAGCGCUGCGCGGAAAAUGUCGCUCCCUGGCUGCGCUCUGAAUUGAGCCGUUGGCAUUCGGAAGAGAAAGCCCUUGCCGCCAGGUUUGAUAGGGCCACAGCCACUGAACAAGCCUCCAGUAGCGAUCAAUGGAAGGAACUCUUCGCUAGCCGAGGAAGUCGCCCGCAAGGCCCUGCCACGUGGAAGCUGUGA